UUCAAAACAUAUCCAUCUAUCUUAUCCUUCAUCUUCUCCUCCUCUAUCUGCUUGUUUGCUAGAAAAUCAGAUGGCUAUAAUCCAAGCUUGUGCUUCAACCAGUUGCUACACUCCUCCUCCCUCAGGAGAAGGUAGACUGUGUAAGUACACUGGUCAGUCAGUGAGAGCGUUACCUAUAAGAAUUAUAACAGUGGGCAAAAAGAGGUCAGCUGGGGUACAAUUAUUAGUGGAAGAAUACACUAACAAGCUCAAAAACUAUUGCUCUCUUCAUGAUCUUCCUAUUCGGUCCAACCCCAGAAAUGCUCGUGAUGAGAAGGCUCAGGUUGAUGAUGAAGACAAGGCAGUCAUGAACCUUAUCAGGUCUGAUGAUUGGGUUGUCCUGUUGGAUGAGCGUGGACGGGACCUUGGGUCCGAGCAGAUGGCUGAAUUGAUCGGGGAUGCAGGGAACACGGGAGCUUCUAGGUUAUCAUUCUGCAUUGGUGGACCGUAUGGUCAUGGGCAACAAAUACGAAAGCGUGCUAACAUAUCGAUUAGAUUGUCCUCCAUGGUUUUGAAUCAUCAGAUUGCGUUGCUUGUGCUUGUUGAACAACUGUAUAGGUCAUGGACGAUUCUGAAGGGGCAAAAUUACCAUCAUUAACCCUUAUGGUUGUGAUCUUGAAUCGUGCCGUAGUACUGAUACAGGUAUUAGACUAAUCAUGCCCUGCAGAUUCCGCUGUCAGCAGCAACUUGUUGGCUGAGUUCAUGUAUUAUGUUGAUAGCUUCAUUUUCUCUGGUAAUAGAAAUCAUUAUAGAAAGGUUGUGCUUAAAAUCCAGGACUGAAACUAGAUUGAGCUUAAUCCCGAUGGAUCUUCGAAGCCACCUUAAAAAUUCAUGUUGGUUCAACUUUCAAUCCCAACUGCUGAUUAAUUUCUACUUUUUUCUAUAAGCAUUAACUGGUGA